AUGCUUCAAAACGCCUCUUCCUCUUCCUCUGAUGCGUCAUCCUUAAAUUCAUCAUCAUCAAUGGCCGAGUCAAACAAGUUGUGGAUAUCAUUUGGUGAACAUGAUGUCCAUAAUGGAUGUGUUUUAAAAGUGAGUCUAAAUUCGGAGUCCAGUAGUGAAAGUAGAAAUUCUUCCGACUCGUCGAGCUUGGAUUCCUAUUAUUAUGAACAAUGUAGUGAACAUUUAAAACACGGAGGAUUGGUUGCCUUUCCGACUGAAACAGUUUAUGGCCUCGGAGCUAAUGCUCUUGAUGAAAAGGCUGUCUAUUCCAUUUUCAAAGCAAAGAAGAGACCUCUCACAGAUCCUGUUAUUGUUCAUGUAUUGAACGUGCAAGAAGCUAAAAAGUAUAUUGUAAUUGAAGAAAAUUCUUUAUAUAUGAAAUUUUAUGAUUAUUUGGCUGAGUGUUUUUGGCCCGGCCCUCUGACCAUUGUCAGCAAGUCCAAUGAAAGCAUCAUUCCGGAUUGUGUUACGGCAUCCACAGGCUAUGUAGGAUUGAGAGUUCCAGCUCAUCCUGUGAUUCGAAAAUUAUUGGAGCAUUGCAAAUUGCCAAUUAGUGCACCAUCUGCAAAUCGAUUUGGACAUGUCUCUCCAACAACUGCUUCUCAUGUCAUGGAAGACUUGGGUUGUUACAAGAUGGAAGAAAUUGAUGGUGAAAAUGUUUUUAGAAUUUUGAUUUUGGAGAGCUCGGAACAAGAUGUCAAACAUUCGGAAUGUAGUGUGGGAAUUGAAAGUACGGUUGUUAAAAUCACUGCUUCAGAGCAAUCGAAUGUUUUGAAACUUGAAGUGUUACGAAGAGGAGGCAUCUCUGUGGAACAACUCCGAAAGUGUGCUCAAGAUUUUGUGGAGAGAGAAACACGAGAAUCAUACAAGCCAGAAAUUCUAAUUGAAACACGUCAAAAAACAUACAGUGUCAAGAUGAACGAUACAACAGCUCAAAUUGCACCUGGACAGUUAAUUACACACUAUGCACCCUAUGUUCCUGCAUACAUUUUGGAAAAUGUUGUCACAGUUCCAACGUCACAUUCCAUGAAAGAAAACCACAUGCUCGUUCCAAUUCAAGAAACGAUUAUUGUCGAUUUCGGAGGAAAAUUACAACAUUUAAGUAAUAACUGUCUAGUCUAUAAGGAUUUAUCUAAGGAUGGUGACAUUCAUGUCGCUCGAAAGAAUGUUUUUCAAGUAUUGAGAGAGUGUGAAAAGAUUGAAAGUGCUCAAGCAAUUUUACUUCCAAAUUUGUUGCAUGUUGACAUUGAACAUGCCGAUUCUCUUUUUGACCGUCUUUUUAGAGCUGCCAGUGGAACCUUUGCAUGUCUGAUCGAGGAAGAGCCAGGAAAAUAUUCAUUGGAAAUACCGAAUCGAUCAGAUGCUGCUACCAACGUUACUCAUUAA